CAGAAUUUUGUUGUACUUUAAGAGAUCUCUUGAAAUAAAAUUUAUAUUAUUUUAAGCACUUAAUUGUUUUAAUAGUUCAUAAUUUUUAAGAUUAUUAUAUAUUUCGUUACAUUUAUUAGCCAUGAAGACAUUCUCGCCAUCGGUGGUCAUCAUAUGCCUGCUGUACAUCACGUCAACCAUCUGUGACAUCAGUAUUCAGGACCGGAGGAUACGCGAAGCCAAACAACUCGAUGACCACAGAAAGGUUAACGCAGUCGACCGUAGGAUAGCUCAACCCAUCGCUGAUUAUAGGUCAGCGAAACAAGAGUUGAAAAUCGUGUCGAAAGAACUGACGCUCGACUCGAGCGCCGGGAAGACUCGGAUCGACGAGACUCUCGACUCGAGCGCAGAGAAUCCGAUUCCGAGCGAAGAGAGACACGCGUUGAACGACGAGAAGAUUCAGACCGACGAGACUCCCGUCUUGAGCGCCGGGAGGAUACUGACCGACGGGACUCUCGACUCGAACGCCGAGAAGAUUCCGAUC